ACGAUAUCCCCUCUUUAACUGUCCCCACACCAUUCUUCAAUUCGAAGAAACAAACGACUUUGAUGUUUGUUUAGUUGUUACGACUCCCCAACUUUACUAACCUUAGCAGCUGUCGCCUAUUAGUAUUAGUAUUACAAUUACAACAUGCCCGGUGGUCUUAAACUCAACGCUGUGACCUCUAUUUAUUCUCACAAGCCCUACAAUUUCUUCCGCUCUUUUACCUCCGUCACCGGCACCUCUAUCUCCGCCGCCGCCGCCGUAAGUGUGUCACCUCACAUGCGUCGCUGUUGGCGGGGGACUUCAAUUUCAGUUCCGGCGUCCGGUGAUUUUCGUCACCGCCAGAAAUUGUUAGGGUUUUUGGGUAAGGGAUAUGCUAACUUUCCAUUGAGAAGUAUUUCUACUACUCAAAUGGGCCCCGCACCUGAUCACAAGGAGGAUGAUCUCCGCCGUGAAAAAGCAUCUCCUCCACCACCACCGCCAUCGAAGUCUGAGAAGUUGCUGACAUUGCCCACGAUUUUAACAAUUGGCCGCGUGGCUGCUGUUCCGCUUCUUGUAAGCACAUUCUAUGUUGAUAGCUGGUGGGGCCCAACUGCUACAACGGCCAUAUUUAUUGCAGCAGCAAUAACUGACUGGCUUGAUGGAUACCUUGCUCGCAAGAUGAACUUAGGAACUGCCUUUGGUGCAUUUUUAGAUCCAGUCGCUGACAAGCUAAUGGUUGCUGCCACCUUGAUCUUGUUGUGCACCAGACCGUUGGAGUCCAGUGUGUUUGGACAGUUGCCAUGGCUAUUAACUGUCCCUUCAAUUGCGAUAAUAGGCAGGGAGAUUACUAUGUCUGCAGUUCGAGAAUGGGCAGCUUCUCAGGGUGGUAAACUUUCAGAGGCUGUAGCUGUGAAUAACCUGGGGAAGUGGAAAACAGCCACUCAGAUGACUGCAUUGACCAUCCUCCUGCUAGCCAGAGAUAGCAGUUUAUCUGGGGUUGGAACUCUUGUGGGUUCUGGUGUGAUCUUGCUAUAUAUAUCAGCAUGGCUUGCUGUAUGGUCUCUGGUCGUGUAUAUGAGAAAGAUAUGGAAAGUGUUGUUAAUGUAGCAAUCUUGUUCAUCAACCAACUACAUCUUGGCUCAUGCUUCUUGCUGUUGACCAAUAUCACCCUAAGCGAUACAUACUGAUGAUGCGUGCAAGGAGAAGCUGUCUUCCUUAAUCCUUUCACAGUUGCCUCCUGAGGACGAUGGAAGAAAUUACUGACUCAAUUCUAAUGUCCCAAAAUAUAUAAUUCUCUGUGCAUUUGGUUUAGACAGAAAGAUAAAUGAUGAUGCAGGAUGUCAUCACUAUUCGGUUUUCCUCUACAUUCUUUGACGCUAUUCUUUAGCAGAGAGACAAUGAAGUCUCUCAACAGGAAUUAGGAUUAUUGGACAUGGGAUCCACAACAUGUAAUCUGGAUUCUAACUGGAAAAAAUAGUUCUAUGCAAUAAAGCACUUAUUAUUGUGUUUUUUCCUA